UCGAUUCAUUAUUAUAAAUACUCAAUUUGAGAUAAAUUAAAGUUAAAUAAUAAUUAUUUGUUUUUAUUAAUUAUUAUUUAAAUGAAUAGCUGUCAGCCUUAUAGAGGCAAUCAUAUUGCUGAGCGACUGGCACUGUCUGCUGUUAUUUGUUGGCUGUGACUCGAAAAUUGACGACAAACGACACAGCCAAAAAUUCAAAAAGAGAUAUCCGUGAAAUCGAUUUUAAGAAAAAUUAAAAGAAUCCUUGUUUCGUUGACUUGAACCGUUUCUCGAAGAGACAACAGCCCGACAAGUGGACACAUUGCUGCGUAAUGGCUUGCGUGAGUAAGAGCAACUAUGAUGCCGAGCGUAAAAUCUGGAGUGGAAAAGAUGAAUCUGACUAUUAUGCAGCGGAUCUAUCGAUUGGCGAGAUCAUUUUUCAUGAGAUGCGACGUCAUCCGAAACUUAUAGCUCAAAUCUCGGACACUGAGAACACUGUGUUGACCCGGGAGCAGCUCCAUUUGAACUCAAUGCGUGUGGCCAGCUAUAUGAGAUCCCUAGGCAUGUUGCAAUCGGACAUUGUGGGAAUCAUAGCGAGAAAUACAACGCACAUCUUUGCGGUGACCUACGCAUGUUUCUUCAAUGGUAUUGCCUUCCACUCACUGAACGUCUCGUACGAGCAGGCGACCAUUGAAAAGCUCUUUAACAUAACAAGUCCACGUCUCAUAUUUUGCGAUGGUGAAGACUACAAGAAGGUUAAAUUGGCUACGGCAAAUUUAAACGCAAAGAUCAUUACAAUGCGUAACCAUCAGAUUGAAUCUAUUAGCAUUGAGGAAGUGCUGGCCACGCCUAUAGAAGCGAAAUUUGAACCUGCUCGCCUGGAACAGGGAAACAAUCAAACUCUGGCCAUUCUCUGCUCUUCAGGUACUACUGGCAUACCCAAAGCAGUGACCAUCACGAACAGUCGCAAAAUCCUAAACACUGGCACGAAGCUGACCACUGCGGAUGUUCAGUACUCACACAAUACUUUAGACUGGGUGGGGGGACUUCUGACAACCGUUACUUCAGGUGUCUACAGCACUAAACGCAUUAUCGCCGAUAAUCCCUUUGAUCCUGCGCGUCUCCUGCACAUCAUCAAAGAGCAUAAACUCACUUGGCUGUAUCAGUCACCGUACCACUUGGCCGCAACGGCCUUUUGCCCGGAAUUUGAGCUAGCCGAGCUGCAAAGCUUGAGAUACUACUUUUAUGCAGGUGAUCACUGUUCCUUGGAGGCGCAGCAGAAAAUAAGGAAUCGCUGCGGCCACAACUGCAUGCAUUUGGUAUACGGCCUGACAGAGUUGGGAAGUCCGGUAACCGUGAACUGUCACUUUGAUGAGAAACCCAAUUCGGUUGGCCGCCUGAUGGAAGGCUUUAAGCUGAAGAUACUCGAUGAUCAGGAACAUAGUCUAGGCCCAAACGAAGUGGGCGAAAUAUGCCUCUAUUCUGGCCAAUAUUGGGCCGGAUACUAUGGCAAUCCCGAGGAGACACACAAAUUGCGCGACUCGAGCUUAUGGUUCCAUACGGGGGACCUGGGCUACAUGGAUGACGAUGGUUUUCUCUACAUUACGGAUCGGAAAAAGGAAAUGCUUAGGUACCAGAACAUAAUGUAUUAUCCACAUGAAAUCGAAGAUGUGAUUGCUCAGAUGCCAGCAGUGGCAGAGGUCUGUGUCUUUGGCGUCUGGAAUCCAUUUAACGGCGAUGAGGCCGCUGCUGCAGUGGUGAAGAAGUUCGGAGCCGAAAUACAGGCACAGGAUGUGGUUGACUUCGUGCAACAACAUUCCAGCGCCGAGUAUAAGCAUUUGCAUGCAGGUGCCAUUAUUGUAGACAACCUGGAGCGUACUACCAAUGGCAAAACCAAUCGCCCGGCUAACAAAGCUUAUUUUAUCAAGGCUAAAAAUGGAAAUUAAACUUUAUCAAGAAAAUUUAACAGGAUUUCAUUAAAAAAACAUACACGUUUUUCUUAAUAAAAUCUCCAGAAUGUAUA